AUAACCUCAAUGAUCUAUGCAUGUCAAAAUGUCUCUACCAGAACCGAUAAUAGUAAGACCAGAUGGAAAUAUAACGGUAUUUGGAUUGAACAACCAUUUUUCGUCAGCAAUGCCCAACAAGUUAGUGUCAGUGGUAGCGCCGGAUGAAUACCAACAUACUAUCCGGAAAGUUAACAAAGUAUUGGAUGAGAAAUUGUUUCUCAACAUAAAAAUGUUACUUGGCAGUUGUAUCUGUUUCUGCUGUACUUUGGGACUGUCGAUGUGUGCCCCAAUAGUCGUCAAUCAAAGGACUAAAUAUAGAGUUCAACAUAUUUUAGAAGAAGAAAACAAAAGGAUUGUAUAACAAACUGGGGCUGAGCUGGACGCUAGACAAGCACUACUACGGGCCCCCUCCUGCUAAAGAAUACGUCCUGAAAAUCGACUUCCUGCAAAAACCGAAGCUGUGUUCGCCAGAUUAGCGAUGAUAUCGUUACCACAACAACGCCGUUAAACAAUUUUGUACGAUGUCUCGUUUGAUAAUUAACCUGUUCUCCAAUUAGAAAUGUUGUAAGUUGAAAUA